AUGAUCACCAUGAUAAAUCUAUCAGAUCCCAGACUCCACACUCCUAUGUACUUUUUCCUUAACCACUUGUCCUUUGUAGAUGUUUGUUCCUCCUCUUCCAUUGCCCCCAAGACACUGUGUGAUAUCUUUGUGACGAAAAAAGGCAUCUCUCUCAUGGGUUGUGCUGCACAGAUGUGGUUCUUUGGUCUCUUUAUUGCAGCUGAGUGUUUCCUCCUGGCUUCUAUGGCAUAUGACCGGUACAUGGCCAUCUGUAAGCCCUUGUUGUAUACACUCAUUAUGUCCCAGCGGGUCUGUGUGCACCUGGUGGUAGGACCUUAUGCCACAGCUCUGAUAAGCACAAUGACUCAUACAAUUCUCACUUUUUACUUACCUUUCUGUGGUCCAAAUAUUAUCAGUCAUUUUUUCUGUGACAUUUCACCACUGCUUUCCCUCGCAUGUGCAGACACCUGGAUCAAUAAGUUAGUCCUUUUCAUCUUGGCUGGAGCUAUAGGAGUACUCAGUGGCCUGAUCAUCAUGGUCUCCUAUCUUUGCAUCGUGGUGGCUAUCUUGAAGAUCCAGACAGCUGAUGGGAGGAGGAAAGCUUUCUCCACUUGUUCUUCUCACCUGGCAGUCAUCUCCAUCCUAGGUGGAACUCUUUUCUUUACCUAUGUUCAGCCUGGCUCAGGUUCCUCCCUAGAUGUCAAUAAAGUAAUAUCUCUGUUUUAUACUGUGAUAAUCCCAAUGUUGAACCCCCUCAUCUACAGCUUGAGGAACAAAGAAGUAAAAGAUGCAUUCAAGAAGAAGUUUGAAAGGAAAAAUUCUCUAAUAUGUCGGUAA